AUGUUGCAACCUCCGGCAGAAUGUCUUGAUGGAAUAUUGCAACAUUUGCACGAUGAUGCUGGAUCAUUGUAUUCAUGCCUAUUGGUGAAUAGGCUUUGGUGUGAAAGAGUUGUUCCGAUACUGUGGUGCAAUCCGUGGCAAAAUAGGCAACUCCUUAUAGAUCGUACUCCUUGGCCGGCUAUCGUGCGAACUUUGUUAUCGUGCCUAACAGAUGAAUCAAAACGAAUUUUAAUGAAAAACGGUAUAGAGAUUUCACAACAAAUAUCACGACCUCCCUUGUUUAAUUAUAUCAAAUAUUGUCAAUAUCUAUCACCUACAGUAAUCGACUGUAUGAAAAGAGAAUUGGUCAACGAUGAUAACAAUGUUGACCUACCUAAAGCUUAUAGAGAAACUCUUGUAGAACAAGAAUUUUACAAGUUGUUUAUGGCCAGAACUUGCCUCAAACAUUUAGUACUACCAAGAAUUCCAUUAUCCUAUUGUCCGGGUGCUGAGAUCUGCCUAGAAAAACUUCGUGAAUUGAAAUGUCAUACUGAUAGAUCUCCUGAACUAUUUUAUGGAUUGGCUCAAAUAUCAAGAAAUCUUCUCAGAAUUAGUAUUUAUCCUUGUGAUCGGGACAAUGAAGGUUUAAUCGCUUUAAUCAAAUUGCAAAAGGGGUUAAAUUCUUUGGUGAUGGAAUCCUCAGAGGAUCAUAUUAGUUCUUGUCCAAGGAUGGGAUAUGCAUUGUCAACCCAAGCAAAUUCUUUAACACAUAUUAAAUUUCGACAAAGCAUGUGUAUUGCACCAACAGUUCUUUCAACAUUUACAAAUUUAAGAAUUCUCCAAAUUGAUAUAUCAACUGAAAUUAUUAACAAAGAACAAUUGACAUUCACUAGCAUACCAAAACUUGAGAUUCUUGAUAUUUUCCAUGAUGAAACAACUCCGUUCAGCAUUUAUAUAAGCUUUAUUGAAAAUAUACCCCCAAAGUUUCAAAGAGUUUACUGGGAUUUAAUUAGCCCACCAUCUUGUUCAGCUGAGAUAAAAAGAUACAUCAAAGCAUUAUCUUUAUCGCAUGCAACUCUUAAAUUUAUUACAGUUUGGUGGGAUGAAGAUUGUAUAGAAGAUCUUUAUGGUCUGAUAAAAUCAUGUCAUCAAUUGGAAGCAAUACGAAUCUGUAGUCCAAGAGAUGAAAUACAAACAUUUAAAGAAAUUUACAAUGACGAACAGUCGAUCGAAGAAAUGGAUGAUACACUAUUAUUGGGAGGAAAUCAGAUAUUCGAGUUAUUAAAAAAUGCUGCACCAAAGAAUUUAAGUAUAUUAAAUUUGCAUAUUAGGUGGGCUUUUAGCACGAUGGAGUUACAAAGUUUUUUAGAAUCCUGGGUGGGUAAGAAAAAAAUUUCAAUAUAUUUACCUUACGAGAGCAAAUUAGUUUUAAAGUGUGAUAUGAUCAUCCGCAGAUAUCAUGAGAAAGGCAUUUUAAAAGAUUUUCAAUAUAUUGAUGCCUUAGAUAACGUUUAUUCUUUAAGGGAUUUGUGGAGUUACUAG